CGGCAGGGCUGCCCUGGGCGGCGGCCCGGCGCUGAGGGGUCUCGGGGUCUGCGUCGGGCCUGAGAAUUGCGUUCGGGCCGCGGCGCCCUUCCGGCGCGUGGUGAAGGGCUCGUUUUGCUCGUUGAAUUUAUCACUGGGGACACCGCAGAAGGAUGUUGUAAUAAAACCUGAUGCCCCGAGCACGUUACUUUGGGAGAAACAUGCAGACUACAUAGCUUCGUAUGGGACAAAGAAAGAUGAUUAUGAGUACUGUAUGUCGGAGUAUUUGAGGAUGAGUGGUGUUUACUGGGGGCUGACAGCCAUGGAUCUCAUGGGACAGCUGCACCGAAUGAACAAAGAAGAAAUUCUGCAUUUCAUCAAAUCUUGUCAACAUGAAUGUGGUGGAAUAAGUGCCAGCAUAGGUCAUGAUCCUCACCUUCUGUAUACCCUGAGUGCUGUCCAGAUUCUUAUCUUAUAUGAUAGUCUCCAUGUUGUUGAUGUAAAUAAAAUUGUUGAAUAUAUACAGAACCUGCAAAAAGAAGACGGAUCAUUUGCUGGAGACAAAUGGGGAGAAAUAGAUACAAGGUUCUCCUUCUGUGCUGCAGCAACUCUUGCACUUCUGGGAAAACUGGAUACUAUUGACGUGGGGAAAGCAGUAGAAUUUGUUUUGUCCUGUAUGAACUUCGAUGGAGGAUUUGGCUGUAGACCGGGUUCUGAGUCACAUGCGGGACAGAUCUAUUGUUGCACAGGAUUUUUGGCUAUUACGGACCAGUUGCAUCAAAUAAAUGCUGACUUGUUGGGUUGGUGGCUUUGUGAACGUCAGUUACCUUCUGGAGGUCUCAACGGACGACCAGAGAAGUUACCUGAUGUAUGCUAUUCAUGGUGGGUUCUAGCAUCUCUGAAGAUGAUUGGUAGGCUACAUUGGAUUGACAGAGAGAAACUGCGCUGCUUUAUUUUGGCUUGCCAGGAUGAGGAGACUGGAGGAUUUGCUGACAGACCAGGAGAUAUGGUGGAUCCAUUUCAUACUUUAUUUGGAAUUGCUGGACUAUCCUUACUAGGAGAAGAACAAAUUAAGGCUGUCAAUCCUGUCUUCUGUAUGCCAGAAGAUGUCCUACGAAGAAUAAAUGUACAGCCUGAGCUUGUGAGCUAAGCCUUACAGAGACAGAAGGUUGAUGCCCUGUUGUUUUGGUUUUACUGAUUGGAAGUCAUCUCUGAAGCUUGUUAGCAUAUUCUUCUUUGAGAUGUGUUUACAUUACUAUAGUAAAGCAGUAGCUUUACUGUGAGCUUUGUCACUUUGUAAACUGUAUCAGAACAGGCUUGUUCUAAUAAUCUGAGUGUAACAUGUUCUUUGGUUGUAUAUAAGGUGUAGAAACCUUUCUAAUCUUUAUUUAAAUAUAUGGGCCUUGGGAGUUUUUAUUUGAAUAAUCAAGUCAAAGCAAUAGUUUGGUUUUAAUUUCUUCUGUUCCUGCAAUAUCAACCAUGGUAGUAUCUGUCUUUUACGUAAGCAUAUUUUGAUGGUGGAUCACACAAAGCACUUUAAAUGAAUAUGGGGAAAACCCCUUCUUAAGCCAUGUACGUAAUGCCACACGUGUGUAUUUAAUUCUGCCUGUUAAUGUUUGCUUUUACUUUUAUAUACUGAGAUGCAAGCUUUUACUUCUGAUAGUAAUUGAUACCACUGAAAACAACAAAAAAGUUCUAUUAAAUAAAAACAUUAUCAGUUAUUGAUAGAUGAAGUCCCUUUAGGCAAAAUUUCACCGAUAGUUGAAAUGGAAGAUACCUUGAGUGUACAUAUAUUGAAAAUUGCUAACAUUAAUCAUUCUAGGGAAAGUCUUUAGAGGACAGUGACUUGCAGCUGAAUAUAAUGCUGUUCCUAAAUUUGUUGCUGUUGGAUUAAAAUUCUGCUUUUGUAGAUUUUGAAACAACACUUUAUUAUGGUGUAAUUGAGAAUAAAAUUAGCCAUGGGAAAUA